CAGUGGGGUCCAAUGUUGUUUACAACAUCACUCCAACCAGUUUGGAAUUAAAAGAGAACAUCAUUUUCUUUUUUGGGUGAACAAUCCCUUUAAACUUGCUUUAACAGUUGCUAUAAUGCUGAAAUUGUGUUCUGAAUGAUUUUUUUCUGGAAUAGAAAGGCAAGUUACAUGUGCCUUACAAUACAUCAUCUAUGUAAACUACUGUGGUCCCUGCCUCCACCCUUCUUUCUGAUCUAUAAAUACAGGUUUGUUCCUGCUUCAGUUGCUCUUUCAAUUCACCUUUCUUUCUCACAUCUUUGUUUUAGAAAAUGGCAGAAUCUGACUUCCUCGACUACACCUGCGCCCUUUGCACAUACACCCAGCGAGACCCUGUCACUAUCCCGUGUGGAGACACUUUCUGCCUGGAGUGCAUUAAGAUCUACUGGGACCAUUCUGACCACCUCGGUGUGUACAGUUGUCCGCAGUGCCAGACGACCUUCACUCCUCGGCCCAUACUCAGACGUAACGUGCCCCACGUAGGGAACCCGGAGCCUCGGCCGCCCCCUCGUGAGCUCAACCCGUUUCCUUAUCUUAAGCGCGAGGCGCUGUGUGAUUUCUGUACGGGUCAGCGGAACAAAGCGGUGAAGUCAUGUCUGAUGUGUCUGGCUUAUUACUGUGAGACUCACAUCAAGCCACAUUAUGAAUCGGCCACAUUUAAACGACACAAACUGGUGGAUGAGAUGGGACACCUGGAUCGGAAGAUUUGCCCACAGCACGAAAAAGGCUUAGAGCUUUUCUGCCGCUCAGACCAGAUGUGCAUCUGUGUGCUGUGUACAGUUAGAGAACAUCGCAGCCACAACAUAGUCAGCGCAGAAGAUGAACGCACAGAGAAACAGAAAGUCUUGGUGAUGACUCAGACAGAGGUUCAGCACAUUACCCAGGAUCGGAUGAAAGAACUUCAAGAACUCAGACACAAUGUGGAUGUUCUCAAGGGAAAUGCACAGCGGGCUCAGACUGACAGUGAUAAAAUCUUCAGUGAGAUGUUACAGGCGGUAGAGCGCUGGCAUGCUGAGAUAAGACAACUCAUACAGGCUAACCUACAGGCUUCCAUGGCUCAGGCACAGGGUUACGUAGAGAGACUUGAACAAGAGAUCAUGGAGCUUCAGAAGAGAGAUGCUGAACUACGUCAAAUACUUGAUACAGAGGACAACAUUCACUUCCUACAGAAUUUCCCCACACUAUCUGUUGCACCAGAGCCCAUGGUGCCCAAAGUGCUUAUAAACCAAGAGUUUUCCUUUAGUGAAAUCACCAAGACCGUCUCUGACAUGAAAGAACACCUGGACGACAUCUGCAAAAAAGAGCUGGGAAACAUCUCCAAACAAGUGAGUGACUCCUCAGUCUAUAUCCUGAUUCCAAGAUCUGGAGGACGUUUGAAUGCUCCGUUAAGAACUGACUUGCCAGAGCCUAAAACAAGACUGGAUUUCCUGAAAUAUUCUUGUAAACUUACUUUUGAUCUUAACACUGCCUAUAAAGAGCUGGUCCUCUCAGACGGGAAUCGCCGGGUGAUCCGGAAAAGAACAACCCAGUUCUACCCAGAUCACCCGGAGCGGUUUGAUGGGUUUUGCCAGAUCCUGUGCAAGGAGCCACUCAGUGGAAUGCAGCAUUACUGGGAGGUGGAGUGGAAUGGUGAAUUUUCCAUUGCAGUUGCAUACAAGAGCAUUAGCCGCAAAGGAAAGAACUCCAACAGCCUUCUGGGAUACAAUAAUAAAUCUUGGAGCCUCCUAUGCUCAGACUCAGGAUACUCUGCCUGGCACAAUAAGAUGGAUAAAGAUCUGCUGGGUGCAGCUCGUGCUUCACGGAUCGGUGUGUACCUGGAUUACGCCGGAGGAUCUGUGUCCUUUUACUCUGUGUCUGAGACAAUGGAGCUCAUCCACAGAUUUAAAGCCAAGUUCUCAGAAGCACUGUAUGCUGGGUUUGGCGUUGGAUCAUCUGUAACUCUGUGCAUGCUGGAGAAGAACUACCGAACAUACCACAAAUAGGUUCUGAGCUGAGCUUUGACCCUGAGCUCUUUCAGACAGAAUCUUGGAACGGUGAACAGUCAAAAAGGCAAAAUUUGAAGAAUCACACUGGAUUAUUAUUAUUAUUUUUAUUAAUAGGAUUCUUUGCAUUGUUGUGACUGUUAGUAUUUUUAGCAGGAUUUGUAUCAUGUUACCCCCAAAUUAUCUUAUUCUUACAUGACAAAUGCUGAUUCUGCCUUUUAAAAUCAAUUAGUAAUUAAAAUAAUGAAGACACUGUGCUUCCAAUCAUCACAGCCUUGAUUUAAUUUCAUAUCAACCAUUAAAUAUAGUGCUAAAAAAAAGAAUCAUAAUUUAAAUAGAAUGGAAAUGGGUGGCAAAAAGUGGAAGGAAAUAUGUGUUUAAAAAUAACUAAGCAGGCUAAUCCAGUCAAGAUAAUCACUUUGAAUUAUCUUUUUUUUUAUGGCGUGU